AAUUCAUUUGUAUUCUAAAUUUUUCAUAUCGUCCCUUGUGCUCAACAUCCAUGACUAGUUACUAUCAUGUUUCCUUGUAUUUUUGGCUUUCCAUUGCCACCAUCUCACACCUCGCAAUUGUCUCAACCUUUGCUCAAUCCCAAAACUAUAUCAUCCACAUGGAUUCAUCAGUGAUGCCUAAAGCCUUUUCUGAUCACCAUUCAUGGUACUUGGCAACGUUAGACUCCGCAUUAGGCAAGUUUACCCCUAGCACCACUGCGACCUCCUCCUCCUCCGCCCUCUCUUCCAAACUCAUUUAUAGUUAUACUCAUGCCAUGAAUGGUUUCAGUGCAAGUCUCACUGCUUCCGAGCUUGAGGCCUUAAAAAGCUCUCCAGGCUACAUUUCUUCAGUGAAAGACUUGCCAGUAAAAAAAGACACAACUCACACCUCCCAGUUUCUUGGCCUCAACUCCAAAUCCGGAGCGUGGCCAGUUGCGAAUUACGGCAAAGACGUGAUCAUCGGGUUGGUGGACACGGGCGUUUGGCCAGAAAGUGAAAGCUUUAACGAAGAUGGAAUGUCAAAAAUCCCACCAAGAUGGAAAGGAGAAUGUGAAAGUGGCACCCAAUUCACCUCCUCAUUGUGCAACAAAAAGCUUAUUGGGGCAAAGUUCUUUAACAAAGGGCUCGUUGCCCAGAAUCCCAAUUUGACCAUUGAGGUGAAUUCAACGAGGGACACUGACGGGCAUGGGACCCACACCUCGUCUACGGCCGCAGGAAAUUACGUGGCCGGGGCAUCAUUUUUUGGUUACGCCCCAGGAACUGCCAGCGGCAAGGCUCCUAGAGCGCAUGUGGCCAUGUACAAGGUUUGGGAUGAGGGAGCAUUGUCUUCCGAUAUAAUUGCUGCCAUUGAGCAAGCAAUUAUAGACGGUGUGGAUGUUUUGUCCUUGUCAUUUGGGUUUGAUGGUGUUCAUUUGUAUGAGGAUCCUGUUGCCAUAGCAACAUGUUCUGCCUUGGAGAGAGGUGUUUUUGUGUCCACAUCGGCAGGAAAUGAGGGUCCUUUAUUUGGUACCUUGCAUAAUGGUAUCCCUUGGGUUCUCACGGUUGCAGCAGGUACAAUUGAUCGGGAAUUCAAAGGAACUGCGCAUCAUGGAAAUGGAAACUCCGUCACGGGGUCCACGCUCUAUCCCGGAAAUUCAUCUUCAACCCAAUUUCCAGUUGUUUUCUUUGAUGCGUGUAACAACACAAAAACAUUGAAGCAGUUGGGGAAGAAGAUCGUCGUGUGCCAGGACAGAAAUGAUACGUUGUACUAUCAAGUUUAUAAUGUCAGCAGCACAAAUGUUGCCGGAGGCAUCUUCAUUACCAGCAACACAGAUUUGGAGUUAUUCAUCCAAAGCAUUUUUCCCGCAAUCUUUCUGAGUCCAAAGGAAGGUGAAGUGAUCAAAGAUUACAUCAACAGCAACUCACGGCCAAAAGCAAGCUUGGAGUUUCAAAAGACACUUCUUGGGGCCAAACCAGCACCAAGUGUUACCAGCUACUCGUCUAGAGGGCCUUCCUUUAGCUUCCCCCGGACCUUGAAGCCAGACAUUCUGGCUCCAGGGUCGUUAGUCUUGGCUGCAUGGCCUCAAAAUAUCUUCGCGGCCAUGGUAGGCAAGAAAGACUUGUUUAGUAAUUUUAAUCUGUUGUCAGGGACAUCCAUGUCUUGCCCCCAUGUAGCUGGAAUAGCGGCGCUUCUGAAAGGUGCAAACCCAGAAUGGAGCCCUGCUGCUAUUAGAUCUGCCAUGAUGACGACAUCAGACAUAUUGGAUAACACGGGUAGCCCCAUAAAAGACAUCGGUGACGCUUACCAGUCAGCUAGUCCUCUAGCCAUCGGAGCUGGGCAUGUCAACCCUAACAAAGCCCUAGACCCCGGGCUCAUUUACGAUGCGAAAAUUGAAGAUUACGUUAACCUUCUUUGUGCACUCAACUACACCAAUAAGCAAAUCCAAACCAUCACUAAAUAUGCCUCGAACGACUGUUCAACUCCUUCCUUAGAUCUUAACUACCCUUCUUUCAUUGCAUUCUUCAACUCAAACAAGAGGCACUCGGACGUACAAACGACUCAUGAAUUCCGGAGGACAGUGACCAACCUAGGAAAGGGGCCAUCGACCUACGUUGCCAGCGUGGCACCGUUGAAAGGGUUUGUGGUUGGAGUGGUUCCGGAGAAGUUGGAGUUCACGGAGGUGGGUGAGAAGCUGAGCUUUGUGAUGAGUAUAAAAGGUCCAAGAGUAAUGAAAGAGGCGGUGGUUUUUGGUUCUCUGAGUUGGGUGGAGAGUGAAGGUGAACAUGUGGUGAGAAGCCCCGUCGUGGCUUCAAGCCUCAUCAGUUGAUCAGAGAUAAGUGUCGCAGCAGAGAUAACUUGCCUGCUCUAUAGCAAGCAUGUGAUCAUUCCCUUGCUAAAUAAAAUGGCAAUUACAGUUUCAAAUAAAUAUAGGAUGUCAGGCUUACAGCAGCUUUGUGUCUGAUUAAAUUAAUUAAAGCCGGCAACUAGCGAUUUCAGGUUAUUUGUAAGGUUUUGUGUGGUUUGUUAGUCAUAUACGGUAUAGCUUUGUUUAUUGGUGAACGUACCGUUGGAACUUUGGAAGACAUUAGACUUUGUAAACUGAAAAAAAUAAACAAUCAACGUUGAAUGUUUAUUUAAGUUG